GGCCGGCGCGACGUCAUGGAGGCGGGCGGUGACGCGGAGGGGGCGUCGGCGCUGGAAGUGAUUAGCAUUGUGGGUAGGGCGGUGUGCGCAGGCGUGGUCCUGACGGCGGCCUUGUACCUGCUGCGCUCUCUGUGUCAAAGCAUGGCGUGGAAGUGCGGCGGAGACAGCCAAGCGGAGCUCGUCAACAACCUGCGCAAAAAUGGAAUAAUCAAGACAGAGCAGGUUUAUCAAGUAAUGUUGGCCACAGACCGUUGCCACUAUGUAAAGAGUAAUCCCUACACAGAUUCCCCCCAGUCUAUAGGUUUCCAAGCUACAAUCAGUGCCCCACAUAUGCAUGCAUAUGCCCUGGAACUGCUGCACGAUCAUUUGUCUGAAGGAGCUAAAGCACUUGAUGUAGGUUCUGGCAGUGGAAUCCUCACGUCUUGUUUUGCACGGAUGGUUGGUCCAAGUGGAAAAGUGGUAGGAAUUGAACAUAUUAAGGAACUGGUAAAUGACUCCACAGCUAACGUAAAGAAAGAUGAUCCAUCUUUGCUUUCGUCAGGAAGAGUAAAAUUUGUAGUGGGUGAUGGGAGACAAGGGUACCCAGAGGAAGCUCCAUAUGAUGCCAUCCACGUGGGAGCUGCUGCAAGUACAGUACCGCAGGCACUACUAGACCAGUUAAAGCCAGGUGGGAGGAUGAUUUUACCAGUCGGCCCUCCAGGUGGAAACCAGAUGUUGGAGCAGUAUGAUAAACUAGCGAAUGGCAGCAUCAAUAAGAAACCUCUGAUGGGAGUGAUCUAUGUGCCUUUAACAGAUCAAGAAAAGCAGGUGCCAAGGUGGAAGUGAUUCUGCGCAACCCAUCUUCCUCAGAAACAAGGGAUGAAAUGUGAAGCUUCAUCUGUGUGCUCAGAACCUGAUAUUAAUGUGGAGUGGAUACCUCCUGUUCUAAAUGCUUUGAAAAAUGACAGCAUUGCAGCUUGUUUUGGACUUGUACACACACACACAAACACACACACUCAUACUUAAUGAUUGGUGUGGAGCAGUGUUCAUUUAAUAGUUCAACAAACUUGCCUGGGAAAAGAGCUGCAGUAAAGAGUUUAAUCAAAAAUACAUCCAGCACUGGAAGAAGUUUUCCGAGGCUUGGCUUACUUUUUUAACUGGCAAGAGUGAAGCUGCAGCAAGGACGGCCAGCGGAUGUGUGGUGUAGCUAGUUUCUUCUCCACCCCCCCGCCCCCAAUUGAUGUGUGUUCAAAUCUAGCACUAUUACAACAUGCUGUGUGCACUCAUGAUGCUGCAUAUGCAAGAGCUUUCUGUAUGCAGUCAUAACCAAGCACUAAACCCUUAAGAUUGUAGUGCACUGUGAGUUGCUGUCAAGAUAACCAUGUUUCAUGUUCCUGAAAUCAAGCCUCCCAAGCACUACAUGCUGAUGGCAGCUACUACACUGUUGACUGUAAAAUUGGAUUUGGACAUAUUGAUGCUUUCAAACAUAGUUUUAAGUUCUGUGCUGCUAUUCCACAAUUUUAUUGCUUCACGGUUGAAUGUAGUGAAAAUAUAACCCUUGCUGUAGGAGCUCUUGACAUUAUGAAUUGCAGUUAAAUUUCCUCAAUGUAUGCAUUUAUUGCUUUGCCAAAUAAAUUUUAGUGGAUGGA